GCGGAGACUCCGCGCAAGGGUUGAUUAAGUUUCUUGCGACGUGAGGUUGAGGUUUGUUUUUGAUUGACGUGUGGUGGGUGGAGCUUUGCCGGAGAUUCCGUGAUUUUGGGCCUCGUGCGGUCGUACGAAACAGGGUUUUUGCUGUUGGCAUCUUUCGGGUUUGAGGUGAUGGUCACCUUGUGCAGGAACGUUAAUCGACUAACGAACUUAGUGGAACAGUUUUUGAUUCCAUUAUCAUGGCCUGGAUUCAUACGAAUGAAAUUCACUAAGGCUCGUAUUCCAGAAAAGAUGUUUGAAGUUGAACCAUCUGAUCAUGCAAAAUAUAAAGGUGAUCCAGACCAGCCACACCAACUGCACAUCGUUACCAGAAUAAAAUGUACAAAACGGCGUCCAUAUUGGGAAAAGAAAAUUGUCCAUGACCUUGGGUUAGACAAGUCAAAUCAACCACGGAUCCAUAAGAAUGUUCCAUCAGUUAACAAUAAACUAAAAGUAAUCAAGCAUCUUGUAAGAGUGCAACCCCUGAAAUUGCCACAGGGACUUCCAACAGAACAGGAAUUAGCUGACACUUACCUGAAGAGCACAGGGGAAUUAAUUAUACGGCGCCACCUGCAACCAUUGGAGUAAAAAUCCACUGAGUUUCAAGCUGCUUCUUGUGUCUCACAUGUAUGCAAAAUAAAUAUUUAAUUUUAUAAA